GUGCCAAAAACAUUUACCAACCAUAUUUUAGUGUAAAAACAUACAUUAUGCAUUUGAAUAUGAAAUUCUCCAAAUAAAUAAAUGGUAAUACAUUACUUAAAAAAACAAAACAUUUUUACAGCUAUCCAACGACAAGGUUUUAAAGUAGCAUUUUACGUUCUUUAAUUACUACCACUUUUACAGUGAAUAUUCUGCAUUGAAAUAUUCAAUCUGGAAAUUGUUUAAGAGGAAAAGUCAACAGCACUUGAGAUGCAACACACACGCAUGCGAAUUAAAACUUAAAUAGCAUUGCGGAUCAGCUCAGUCUCUCUCUCUCUCUCUCUCUCCCUCUCUCUUGGCUCUAGGACCCAGGAGAAUAACUAGCAGGACAGUUUAUUUUUUGAGUGAUGAAAAGAACCGGCUCGUUUCUCCACGCAGAAGACUAAAGGGACUGUGCAAGUCACCUGGCUAGUCUGGAUAGUCAUCGCCCCGCCAAAGACAGAAAAAUUCACCCACAAUCUCCUCGAGGAAGAUCUUCCCCCCUUUUUCUUCCAUCCCUCCCUCCUCAGACUCCCUCUCCCAGACACAGAGUCCGUAUUCAGAGCACCGGGACUCGGCUGGAGGAGCGCGUUUGGAUACGGGAGGUUUCUGGAGAUCACCAAGUAGGGCAGCAGCGGAGUGCGCCCUGUCUAAUCAAACGAUCAUUCACUCAAUCAAUCAAUCAGUCGGAUCACAUCAAGGAGCUGACAGCUUCCUUCUCAUCCGCCUGCUCGGAUUGAACCGAUUUCUUGAAAUAUACCGCAAAAGGUUGAUACGAUAGAUUGAUCAAGCAGGGUUGCUGCAAACGUGCCAGUCUCGCGCUCAACGCUCUCAAUGACAACACGGUCUCUUACUGACGGAAACACUUUUGCCUUCGAAGAGGAAAACGGAGAGCGACACGCAAGUCUGUUUAUGUCACAUUACUGCUGUUGGGACACUCUGAGUGACUAGUUAUAUUUCAUAUAAGCUAUUGAAUAGUCGAGGCUGUCGCUGGAGUCGUGAUCAGCGGGAAUGAGACUGAGGGAAUCCGCCGCGGCUCGGAGAACUGGGCUGGCUUUCGCUCGGGAACUACAAGGCUAGAUAUACAACUUUUGUGUUAGACUUUAUCUUUCCAUAUGGAGCGAUCGGCAUCGCUGGACAUCGAGGCGCUGAAGAUGACCCAGGAGCAGUACAUCCUGGCAUCUCAGCCAAACCCCCUCCAAAGGCCGGGAUGUGCUACCGUGUACCCGGUGGGGAUUUACGGCUGGCGAAAGCGCUGUCUCUAUUUCUUCAUCCUCCUCCUCCUCGUCACCAUGAUCGUCAACCUAGCCUUGACCAUCUGGAUCUUAAAAGUCAUGAACUUCACCGUGGAUGGCAUGGGGAAUCUCCGCGUAACCAAAGAGGGCAUCAGAUUAGAGGGCGUGUCGGAGUUUCUUCUUCCACUGUAUGUGAAAGAGAUCAAAUCCAGACGGGACAGUCCUCUGGUCUUACAGUCAGACCGCAAUGUGACGGUGAAUGCAAGGAAUAACCUUGGCCAGCUGACAGGACAACUCACUGUGGGCUCAGAGAUGGUAGAAGCCCAGUGUCAGCGGUUUGAGGUGAGAAGUAGUGAUGGCGAGAGAGUUCUCUUUUCUGCUGAUGAAGAGGAGAUCAGUAUUGGCACAGAUAAACUGAGGGUCACAGGCAACGAGGGAGUUGUGUUUAGUCAUUCAGUGGAAACGCCACACGUUCGAGCUGAACCAUUCCAAGACCUGAAGCUAGAGUCUCCAACAAGGACACUGACACUGGAGGCUCCCAAAGGUGUUGAAGUGAACGCGGGAGUAGGGGAAUUCAAAGCUUCUUGUAGGAAAGAUCUCACUUUAGAAUCUUCAGAAGGAGAGAUCUUUCUAAACGCAAACUCAAUCCGUCUUGGAAAUCUUCCACAUGGGAGCGUGGACCCAUUGCUUGGUCCAGGGACCACAUACCCCAAACAGACUGUGUACGAGGUGUGUGUAUGUCCCAGCGGCAAGCUCUAUCUGUCUCCUGCAGAGAGCUCUUCUACCUGCCAGACAACCAAUAGUGUGUGUCUCUGGAGCUGAGAAAGGUGGGUGGGCCAUGAACCACCCAGCACCAGAAAGGCCUUCCUUCACCUUCCCUCUCUUGCUCCUUUCCUUCCUUCUUUGGUUCCUCUGUCCUAUUCUCUUUCUUAAGAAUAUUCUGUAAUGCCUUUCUUUUAUCCACUCUUCCAUCUGUCUAUCUGCCCUUACAUUUGUCCAUCAAGUAUCUGUCUGUCUAUCUGUCUGUCUGUCUAUCUGUCUGUUUGUCUAUCUACCCUGUAAACCCAAAUAAGUUGACAAAAUGAAAAAAAAAAAAAAAAAAAAAAAGAGGUAAUCAGUUACAUCUUUUUUUUUUUUUUUAAAGUUAAGAAAUUCAAAGUUUAAGCAGAACUGGCAGAUUUCAAUUUUGUGCUCGUACAUUUUAAUUGCUCUUAACUUGAAAUUUUUGAGUAUGUUAAAUCAUACAUUAAACUUAAAAUUAUCAUGUAAUCUCAACUUAUAUUUUUGGAAAUUCAGCUAGCUUUAACUAAUUCAGCAAAUGCUAAUUGGUAACACAAUGCUUUGAUAACAUUAACAUAGCAUAGCAAUUGCUGAAAGAGUACGACAAUAUAGAACAUUUAUGAUAUACCUGUUCUCAAACUAAGCUCAUGCUCCACUCAUCACCAUGAUGGUGCAGUAACCCCCCAAAAAACUCUGCAUAACAAACUCUUCUAAAUUCAGAUAGCAAAGCAUUAAACACUACUAAAUCCCCUACUUAACAUUAAUCUUGCACAAAAACUUUAUAUAACACUUAAUUUUAGCAUUUAUUCUCCCUUUCGAGUCAUGGCAAAGCAUGCUGGGAAAUAGAAAUCCCAGCCCAGUUUCAGGUAAAUUUAAGUUUGUCUAAAUGAAAAGAAACAAGUUCAUAAAACUCAAAACAAUGAAACAACUCAGAUAAUUUAAAAUGUGUCAGUUUUGUGAUAUCAAAAGAAAAAUAAAGUUCUAAAUACUAAUAAAAGUUAAUUUGAUUGAACUAAUUUGUUUCAUUUCAGUUUGCCCAACUCAAACCAAUUAAUUAUUUUGAGCGUUAGGGUAUCUAUCUAUCUAUCUAUCUAUCUAUCUAUCUAUCUGUCUGUCUGUCUGUCUGUCUGUCUGUCUGUCUGUCUGUCUGUCUGUCUGUCUGUCUGCCUGUCUGUCUGUCUGUCUGUCUGUCUGUCAUCAAAGCAUCUUUCUCACACUGACUGUAUAUCACACUUUCACUUCAUUUUGUCCUUUUUUUGUCUUCUCUUGUUUAUUCUCUUUUUCUUUCAAUUUCUCUUCCUUCCCAUCUUCCUCUUCCUCCUUGUCCUCUCAAGCAGAAUUCAGGAAUCAUUUGAUGUAUCUUGGCUCGGUUGAAGCCACAUCUUCCCAAUCUGUAAAUGGAGCAGAAACUCUUUCUCUUUUUUUUUUUUUUUUGGUAUGUGUGUAUUUUGUUCCUCUUAUUUUUGUAUGAGCGUCUGACUCAGUGGAGGAUUGUGAAUGUGUGCCGGGACGCUGGACUGCACUCAUGAAUGAGCACACACACGGCGACCCGCAAACGAGCGCGUGUUUUUCUAAAGAAGAUACUAAGGUGCCUUUGCUACUGUUAGUAAAGCACAUCACCUGCUACUGUCCCUCCACGUGCAGUGAGACUAACCUCCGCUAGGAAAACUGACCGAACGAACCUUCUCCUCUCCUUUAGUUCAUUGGUCAAAAAGAUAAUACGAUAAACUGAAAGAAAACAAAAACUCUUUUUUUUUUUCUUUUUUUUUUCCUCUUGGAUGUUUCUUUUUUUGGAAAAAAGCACAAGAUUAUGCCAUGUAUAUAACAACAUUAAUAAAUAAUAAUAAAAAGAGAAAGUUUAUUUUAAGAAUUUUGUAUUCAAGAAUGCUUGAUAAUGUUUCUUUUUUUAUUGUUUUAGUCUCAUGGACAUGUUUACAUGUACUAUGGUGAGUCAAUGUUAAAAAAAAAAUGUUUGUUUAUUUGUUUUAUUUUUAAAAAACUCUUUCCUGUUAUCAACCAAAUUAAACUUUUGGAUUGUGUUUAGGUCCUAACUAAAAUUGAUCCUGCCAGUCAAAAAGAGGUGCCGUAAUAUUUUUCCCAACUGUUUUCUUCUUUCUUUCUUUCUUUUUUCUUUGUGUGUGUGUGUGUGUGUGUGUGUGUGUGUGUGUGUGUGUCUUGGUUAUUCCCUCCACAUGAUGCAGUGCAAAAAAUCAAUAUUGCAAGUUUAUUAUUAAUCGUCAUUGUUACAUUAUUUACUGUUUUCAGUGUUUCAGACCAUGGACCACUGCACUUGAGUAAAUUAAAAUAUGAUUUAGAGGGUCAUUUCUGCAAAAAAGAUCUCAAAGUGAAAGUGAACUGCCAAUAUGGAAUAACCAUGCAUAGUGUUCUGUAGGGAAAAGUGUAUACAGUUAUGAGAAAUAGUUUUUGACCUAUCUGGAAUUAAAUGCAUUUACGCAAGAAUAGCUCCUAAAAUAUAAUUUCAUAGUAAUACAUUAAAUGAUAAUCAAAGACAGUUCCAUUUCAUAAGCAACGUGCACAGAUUUAGAAGCCAUUCAUGUAAAAAUCUAAUUCCAAAGAGGUUAACAAACUUAUUGUAUACAGCAGUAAUCCAAUAACACUUGUGUUUAUGGCUGUCAUCAUUCUCAUUAUGACACAUUAUGAAACAUUGUCGUUUGAGAAUUUUGACUGCAGUUUUCUUCAGUUGUGAGAGACAUAUAAAGUAUGUUUGGCAAUAGGAGAUAAAAGGUGAAAAAUGACGUAAUCAAGCCUAUAAUAACUCUAAGUAAGUAUAACUCUAAGUUUAAAAGCUCAACUUUGUUUUUUGGAUAACCAAGACAUGGCAAAAGAUAUCCAAGCCACAAAUGCCCUCAUAAAUGUUUAAAAUAUGGAAAAACCUGACUGGAUUCUAGAUAGCAAACUCUAGAAUAACACAGAACAGGCUAAUGUACAGUAGUAUGAGGUGCUUAGCAUCAAAAUAACUAUUUAUUUAUUUUUGUGUUUACGUUCUGUAGGAGAGAAGAUUUCUUAAACUAAAACAAAGAUAUAUUUUCUUACAAAUCCUAUGCAAUGUGUUUGUAAGAUUGCUGUGAGGUUGGAAUAUUAUUCAGUUAUAUAAGAGGUCAUGUUAAUGUCCUAGAUUUUCUUUUCGUCAUAACUCCAAUAUUAUAACAUUCAAAUUAAUCUGGCUCAUGAAAUGAGUUUGAAAAUAAUUAAAAAUAAACAUGAAAUGAUGAACA